UAUUCCCGAUCGCAGCAGCAGCAGUCGAAACAGCAAUCGUGGAGCAGCGGAAGACUAGGUUCAUCAAUUAGUAUAUACGAUCAAUCACGGCUCAAUCUCCGUCCAGCGAUCCAUCCCUCUUUCAGCUUCCAGGCUACAAGCAGGACAAUUUUGAAAAUGAAAGCUAAAGGGAGAUCUAGUGGGAAGAAGAUGAUGUUAAGGAGACGAUGGAGGUCUGUGGUGGUGGUUGUAAUGAUAAUUUCAGUAGUAAUUGCGUUGAGCAAGAAGUGUGGAGGAGGGGAGUGGAUGAAUAAAGAUACAGUGUUGCAUAUGCUGAAGGAGAUGACAGAUCGGCUUGGAGUUUGGGCCAUACCAGCCUAUGUGGCACUCCACACUGUAACCCUAGCUCUAUGUCUUCCUUACGCCGUCUUCUUUGAGGCGGGUGCUGCUCUUCUAUUUGGUUUCCUUCCUGCAAUUUUCUGUGUCUUCUCUGCCAAAAUUCUUGGAGCUUCUCUAUCAUUUUGGAUUGGAAGGCUGGUAUUUAGAAGGUCGAGAUCAGCCAUGGAAUGGGCUCAUAGAAACAGAUACUUUAACAUACUUUCAAAUGGUGUUGAACAAGAUGGAUGGAAGUUUGUUCUUCUUGCUCGUUUCUCUCCUAUACCAUCUUAUAUAAUAAACUAUGCCUUAGCAGCCACAAAGGUACGGUUUGUUUUGGAUUUUCUUCUGCCUACAAUCAUCGGUUGCCUGCCUAUGAUAUUGCAGAAUACAUCCAUUGGAAGCCUUGCUGGAGCUGCCGUAGCUUCGGCAACUGGCUCUAGAAAGUCCAUUUUUUUGUCAUAUUUUUUCCCCAUUCUUGGAAUUACAUCAAGUAUUCUCAUCUCUUUGAGGAUCAAGAAAUACACAUCUAAAAUGUCAUUUGUUGUUGUACCACUCAACCCUGUUGAGUUUACCGAAACCCAGUCUGGUUACAGGUUGCAAGUUAAAUUGGACAUCGAAUGAUUGCUUGUGGCGCAAUUCAACUAAAGUAGCAGUAGCAGCAAGCCAAGAUAGAUCACCACAAUGGGCAUUGUGGAUUACAUCUUCUAUGAAUCGCCCUAGAGAUACAUAAGAAGAUCCUCCUUCCAUCACUGCCUUCCGGCUCAUCUGGCUCAUAUCCUUCACUUUCUUCCUCAUCUCGUUCA